GAGCAGAUCCCUGCUGCUUCGGGCGGGCUGCUUCCCCUGGUCCGCCGCCAGCCUCCCCGCCGCCGCCCUCAGUGUGCCCGGCCGCCUGCGCGCCUAGCAUGUUGUCCAGCUUCAACGAGUGGCUGUUUCAGCACAAAUUCUGGUUACCGCCCAACAGCACGUGGGCCCAGCUGGAGGACCAUGAUGGCCUGGUCUUCGCCCACCCUCGGCACAUGCUGGCGGCCCUGCCCCUGGCGCUGGUCCUGGUGGCGGUGCGCAUCACCUUCGAGAGAUUCGUGGCCUUGCCCCUGAGCCGGUGGCUGGGUGUACGGGAUCAGAUGAGGAGGCAGGUGAAGCCCAACGCCACGCUGGAGAAAUACUUCCUCACUACCGGGCGUACACCCAAGGAGUCCCAGAUGGCCAUCCUGGCAGCCCAGUGUGGCCUCACAUUGCGGCAGACUCAGCGGUGGUUCCGGAGACGACGGAACCAGGAUCGGCCAUGCCUAUCCAAGAAGUUCUGUGAGGCCAGCUGGAAGUUUGUCUUCUACCUGUGUUCCUUCUUCGGUGGCAUCUCCGUUCUGUACCAUGAGCCCUGGCUGUGGAUCCCAGCAAAAUGUUGGGAAAAUUACCCAAUCCAGACCCUGCAGCCCUCCCUGUACUGGUGGUACCUUCUGGAACUGAGUUUCUACAUCUCUCUGCUCAUCACACUGCCCUUUGACAUCAAGCGCAAGGAUUUCAAGGAGCAGGUGAUCCAUCACCUCGUGACCGUUACCCUGAUCGGCUUCUCCUACAGUUGCAACCUGCUGCGCAUCGGCUGUCUGGUGCUGCUGUUACACGACUCUGCUGACUACCUGCUGGAGGUCGGUAAGAUGUUCAACUACGCAGGCUUGGGGCUAGCGUGCGAUGUUGUCUUCUUGGUCUUCUCCCUAGUCUUCUUCUACACCCGCCUCAUACUCUUCCCCACCCAGAUCAUCUACACCACGAUCUAUGACUCCAUUGCGAAUUCCAGCCCCUUCUUUGGCUACUAUUUCUUCAAUAUGCUUCUGAUGCUGCUGCAGGUGUUACACGUGUACUGGUUCUGCCUCAUCCUGCGCAUGCUCUACAGCUUCUUGAAGAAGGGUCAGCUGGGGAAGGACAUUCGCAGCGAUGCGGAGGAAUCUGAGUCUAGCGAUGGCGAGGUGGCUUCCGAAGUUCCACAGCUGAAGAACGGGGUGGCUCGAGGGCCUGCAGCUGUCCCCGCUAAUGGCCCUCGGAGCCGGGCAGCCAGACGGCUGGCCAACGGGCACGUUCCAGCCACAUAACCAGCUGAAGACUGGCCAUGAGGGCUGCCCCCAGCGCCUUGGAUAUUUGUGGGUGGCUGGACUGGCGACCCUUGGGCCAGCUUGGAGGAGAUAGGGAAGCCCGACCCUGGAGUGGGCGGAAGG